UAACCAACAGAACAACUUCACGUUUAUUUUUGAAGUUAACCUAAAAUAAUGUCUGGGGAUUUAGAUAAAUCUAUUAUUUAUCUUACAGAAGUGGAAAAGUUAGGACAGGAUAUUUUAACACAAAAAGAAACAAAAUUGCAACUCUCCAACGCGCAAAAUAAAUUCAGAGAAGCGUAUAGGGCUUUACAAGAUUGUCAUGAACGAAAAACUUGGUUAAAAGUCGGAUCUGUUUACGUUCAAUUACCUGUUGAGGAAUGUAGAGGUAUUUUAAAAGAAGAAAUAGAUAAAGUAACGAUCGAUAUAGAUAAUUUAUAUGAAAACAUAAAAGAUAAUGUUUCUAAAUUGCGGGAUUUAGAACAUUUACCAGGAAUUGAAGGAUUUCGGUUAAAACCAAUGACUGGGAAAGAAGCAGAUGCGAUCCACAAAGCCUACGGUUUUAAAUAAAACCAUGCAAAAAUACGGAAUAAAUUAUUAUAUUUGUUGAUUGAAUAAAUCAGCUACAUUUUUAGUAGGUUUUGGUAAAUUUGCA